AUGUCCGCGCAGGAGAAAGCUGAAUCACUACACAAAGCGGACGGCGGUCUUGAUGGCCACCCGGUGGCCGUCCCGCCUACAGAGUACGAGAUUGACGAGACGUCUGAUGUUGCUGGGAAGUUCUUGGCUAGGAUUGCACAGCGUGAAGAUGCGGCGGAACUUCUCGCGCCUCAUUCGGAACGAGAGGAGAAGGUGUUGCUCCGCAAGGUGGACUGGAUCAUGAUGACGCUGCUUCAGUUCGCUCUGAUGAUGGGAUCAGUGGACAAGGUGUCCAUCGGCUCGGCCGCCGUGCUUGGGCUUCGAACGGACCUCAACCUUCAGGGCCAGGAAUACUCUCUUACCAGUGCUGCCAUUUACUUUGGAGCGAUAUGCUCGAUCAUCCCGUCCCUGGCGUUGAUGCAGCGCGUCCCGGCCAACUUGUACAUAUCGACCAUGGUCAUGUGCUGGGGUAUCAUCACCUGCAUGAUGCCCUUAUGCACCAACUACAGCACCUUUUUCGGCGUCCGGUUCCUCCUCGGCAUAUUCGAAUCCGUCAUCUUUGCCGGCUUUGGCCUCAUUGUAUCGAUGUGGUGGACCCGUAAAGAACAGCCUUUCCGAACAGCCAUCAUUUUCUCCACCCUCUCUUCCGUAAUGAACGGUCUCCUCGCCACCGCCGCUCAGUCCUACAAAGGCACUGCCCUCAAGCAAUGGCAACUCCUCUUCAUGAUUGUCGGCCUCAUCACCUUCGUCUGGUCCAUCAUGCUCUUCUGCUUCCUCCCUGCCAGCCCUACUUCGGCAUGGUGGCUCACUCUCCGGCAGCGCGUCAUCGCCACCCGGAGACAGGCGGGCAAUCAUACCGGUAUGGAGAGCAAGCAGUGGAAAUGGGCGCAGUUUUUCGAGGCGCUGUAUGACCCCAAGACGUGGCUCAUCUUCUGCAUCAAUCUGGUACUCAACAUCCCUAACGGUGGAUUGGUCACCUUCAACUCCAUCAUCGUCGCCUCCCUCGGCUUCACUAUCCAGCAAACCACCCUGCUCGGUAUACCCACUGGCGUGAUCUCUUGGAUCUCGUCCCUCUUCUUUGGCUGGCUCGCAGUCAAGACGGGUCAGCGCUGCUAUGCCGCCAUGGCCGCCUGCGUCAUUCCAUUGGUCGGUACGAUCCUCCUCUACACUGUUCCGCGCUCCAAUAUCGGCGGAUCGCUCGUCUCCCUCUACCUUGUCUAUUUCUACUGGGGUCCAUACAUCGUCAUGAUGGGUUCCGUCUACGCCAACACCGGCGGAUAUACCAAGAAGAUGAUUGUCUACGCCUUGUCCUACAUCGGGUAUAGCGUCGGCAAUAUCGUCGGACCUCUUACAUUCACCACUGACCAAGCUCCAAAGUAUACCGGAGGCGUCAUCGCCAUGCUGGUCUGCUACUGCGCCGCGAUCUUCCUGAUUCUGGCAUAUCGCUUCCUCAUCCAGUACUCGAACCGGCAGCGAGAGCGCACACGCCAGGGGCUCGGGGAUCUCGAUUCCAACGAUCUUCUCGCGGAGUGGCAGGACCAGACGGACUUUAAGAAUCCGCGAUUCGUGUAUGAGCUAUAG